CUGUUCCGCAGGAUGGGGUUUGUUAAGGUUGUAAAGAAUAAGACCUACUUCAAGAGAUACCAAGUGAAAUAUAGAAGAAGACAAGAGGGUAAAACUGAUUACUAUGCUGGGAAAUGCUUGGUAAUCCAGGAUAAAAAUAAGUACAAUACACCCAAAUACAGGAUAGUUCAUGUAACCAACAGAGAUAUCAUUUGUCAGAUUGCUUAUGCCCGUAGAGAAGGGGAUAUGACAGUCUGGGCAGCGAAUGCUCAUGAACUCCCGAAGUAUGGCAUGAAGGUUGGCCUGACCAAUUAUGCUGCAGCACACUGUACUGGUCCACUGGCGGCCCAAAGGCUUCUCAACCAGUUUGGCAUGGACAAGAUCUAUGAAGGCCAUGUGGAGGUACCCAGCGACGAAUACAAUGUGGAAAACAUUGAUGCUCAACCUGGUGCCUUCACCUGCUAUUUGAAUGCAGGGCUUGCUAGAUUUACUACUAGAAAUAAAGUUUUUGGGGCCCUGAAGGACGCUGUGGAUGGAGGCUUGUCUAUCCCUCACAGUACCAAAUGGUUCCCUGGUUAUGAUUCAGAAAACAAGGCAUUCAACACAGAAGUACACUGGAAGCACAUCAUGGGUCAAAACGUUGCAGAUGGGAACCCUCUUGCACUGUUGUCUCAUUCCGAGCCACCUGACUUCUUCGUCCCUGAUGAGGAGACCCUGACCACCUUUCCGACCACCUUCCUCCCCAUCCCCACCCCCAAAUCUGUCCCUGACUUUGCCUGA